GGUCGUGGUACGCGUUUGGGGUGAUCAUGCCUUAUUAAAUGGUCAUAAUGAAUGCUGUGUUGUGUUUGGAACAAGAAAUGGUUUGAAAUUCAUCUAAUAUCUGGUUGGCGCUGUUGGUUUAUAUUGUUGAGAACAUGCUGAAGCAUCUGCUUGGUGAGACAUUUUGAGCUUCAUGCCACACCUUCAACAAUAAGGAUGCAUGAACUCUUCCGCCAAGUGCUGAAUGAAAAGGACUUAUCAAGGGCUGGCGAGCUUUUCUCGCUAGAUGAUGAACAAGUGGUUGGAGACCUCCAGGAGGUGAUCAAGAAGAUUCUGGAGGUGACCAGCCGACCAGAGUUCUUGAACAGCAUAAAUGAGCAGAGCGUUGUGGAGAUUGCCAUUACCAGGGUGACAUCAGCUGUCAGGGACACGCAGACUAUCGAGGGCCACGCGGCGCCGCUCGUGCAGCUGCUGGAAUCGUGUCUGCAGCACGACCUUAAGCCGUCGGACCGCGACGAGGACCCGCCGCAUGCCAAGAUGGCGUCCGACGUGCUGGCCUGCCUCUUCCUGAACUACGGCCGGCCGAGCGUGAUGCAGCUGGCCAUGCCGGUGGCCGUGCGGUUCCUGGUGAAAGGCAGCCGCGAGCUCAGCCGCAACCUGGCCGCCUACCUGUCACUGGUGGCCAUCGAGAACGCCCAGCUGAUCGCCGACCACGCCGCCAGCAUCAUGGACAGCAUCGCCGCAGGCAACUACCAGCUGACGCAAGUGCUGCCGCCCAUCUACCGUCUGCAGCCGGACCGGUUCGCGCGGCACAUGACCACGCUCGUGACGGUGAUGCCGCUCUGCCUGGGCCAGGAGCGGCUCGCGCUCAUCGACCUCUUCCAGCUGAUGGCCAAGCAGCAGCCGCAGCUGCUGGUGCCGGCCGUGCCCCAGCUGUGUGACUACCUCUGCUCGCCGCCGCUGGGCGCCGCCACCGCCCAGGUGCUGACCACCAUGACCAUGGCCGCGCCGCUCGCCAUGUCCGAGCACGUCAACAAGCUGAAGCUGACGGUGGACCACCAGCCGGCCACGCUGCCGCACGUGCUGCCCGUCCUGGUGGCGUUCGGCCAGCGCACGUCCCGGAAGCCGCGCCUCUACCUCAGCACCGAGGAGACGUCACGGCGUCUGUCGGAGGACAACUGCGUGACGAUCGUCAAGGUGGGCUCUGGCGGCAGCCGGGAGCUGUGGUCCACCUCUUCGCGGGACCUGCUGUCGUCGAGGGACCACCUGCGCGGCAAGCUGGCCGACUCCAGCCGGUCGACGCCGCGGCUGAACCAGAGCCGACCCAUCGCGAGCGCAACGUCCACGUCGCUGAUCGGGCUGAAGGCGCCGCUGCACAAGUCCAUGACCCAGGUGAACCACUCGUCUCAGCUCAUCACCCGGUUUCCGGGUGGCUCGCGCGGCCAGCUGCCGGCCUCUCAGCGGGCGCUGACCAGCCUGACGCGGCGCAACACCACCGUCACGCUGAUCAGCGCCGGCGGGCAGCAGGCGUCGGCGCCGUCCGCCACGCAGCGCAUCAGUGUGUUUGAGCCGUACCAGAUGCGGGACACGAUGCAGCACUUCUGCGAGAAGCACCUGGACAAGAUCAAGGAGUUCAUGCAGAAGGUGUCGGUGCGCCUGCCGCUGCCGGGCAGGUGCACCAUUGAAGAGCGUAAAAGCCGAAAGCAAGCCAAGUUGCACUUUAUGUGCCAGAUUCACGGUGAAUAUUGUCUAUACAACAAGUCUUUUUACCCAAUGAAGACAAAAAACCCUCGCACCUGGAUUCACCUGAUGUUCCUGACGCUCCAGGCACGCGCCUCGUCGGCGCUGAGCAGCCGCGAUCCGGGGCCGAACAGUCUGAAGAACUGCUGGGACACGCUGCGCUGGGAGUCGACCUCGUUCCUGGAGGUGGUCACCGGCUGCUUCCCGACGGCCAAGGAGACGGACGUGCUGCUGCAGGAGCUGCGCAGCGCCCGCUUCUUCGACGUGUUCGAGUACAACGGCAUGCAACAGCAGUGGGGCUGCUUCCUCUGCAACCACCCAGAGAAGGCCGAGGGCUUCGUCAAGCCCGACCAGCCGGUGAUGGAGGGGCAGCUGAAGGAGAAGAAAGGCCGCUGGAAGAUCUUCCAGCGGUGGAGGACGCGCUACUUCACCUUGUCGGGCGCCCACCUCAGCUACCGCUGCUCCGAGCAGCCGCGGCUGGACAACCACGAGAUCGGCGUCCACGAGAUCCGAUCGGUCAAGGUCAGCCGCAGCGGCCGCAACAUCCCCAAGGCGUUCGAGAUUUUCACGCACGACCGCACCUACGUCCUCAAGGCCAAGGAUGGCAAGAAGACCGAAGAGUGGGUGCGCUGCCUGUCGGUGGCCGUGGCGCACCAGCACAGCCGGCCGCGCGCCGACACCAUCAGCCUGGGCGUCAACUCGGUGGCCAACCUGCACAGCAUGCCGCAGCUGGCUACGCUCUGAGCGGGCAGACGCCCGGCCUGCCCGCGCGCCACGUGUGCGGUCCGCCGGCGGGAGAGCGGGGUCGCGGCCGA